CCCGCCAGGCGCCUCUGUUUCCAAAUACGCCUGCUGUAAUCCGUCCUGUUAUCUGACAGGUGAACCGGGUCUAUGUGAUUUUUGAUCUGCCGACCACCGUGUCAAUGAUCAAGCUGUGGAAUUAUGCGAAAACACCCCAUCGAGGGGUGAAGGAGUUUGGCCUCCUGGUGGACGACCUGCUGGUGUACAACGGGAUCCUGGCCAUGGCGAGCCGCCUGGCGGGGGGCAUCCUGCCCACGUGCGAGCCCACCGCGUCCCCCCACACCAUCGUCUUCACCGGGGACACGGACGGCUGUUGCCAGGAGAAGCACGCCACCGCCAGGCAGCAGAUGGAGGGCCAGGACGUCCAGAUGACAGACGAGAACCGGGUCAUCGCCAGCUCGAAGUGGAAGCCGAGUGCCGUGGACCCCG